ACCGCUCUGCUGUGCUCUAUUCUUGACAUUCCACUUGUCUCAGCCCACUUUACUCCCAAUCUCGUAUUCAAGUGUAUUAAGACUGUUACUUGCCCGCCUAAUUACGAAACCACGUCCCGAUACUUUGUUGUGGGUCUCUUACACUACCCAUCACCAUGCGCACUUCAACCUUGUUCGCGCCGCUCUUCCUGGCGGCCACGACCCUGUCCCAGGCCGUUCCAGAGGGCAUUUCACCCGAUUCACCUGCACCUGAAGGCUGCAAGACGACCAUCGAGACUCCCUUCAGGAUCGGCACCCUCGAAAACCCUUCUCUGGAUAAGCGUGAGACUGCUCAAGAGGCUUCUGAUGGUGACCUCUUCUGCACUCUCGAAGAUGGCAUUCUGCACGACCAAUAUGGCCGCACUGGCGCCGUUGUGGCUAACCGCCAAUUCCAAUUCGAUGGUCCACCACAAGCAGGCUCAAUCUAUACAGGUGGCUGGUCUGUCUGCGGCAACAACUCUCUUGCCAUUGGAGGCAGCACACGUUGGUGGCGCUGCAUGAGCGGUGCUUUUGGCAACCUCUACGACGAAUCUAUUGGCGCUCAGUGCCACGAGAUCCGCAUCCAGGCCAUCUUCCCCGAGACAUCUACCAGCAGCAGCCCCAUGAGCAGCACCACAUCAAGCGCUUUGUCGGGCUCUACUAGCAUGUUGUUCGCAACUUCGACUGAUGGUCUAUCCACCGAAAGCCGAAGCAUUCACCCGACUGACAGUGCCGGCAACAACACUGCUUUCUCCACUGCGACGCCCUACAACACCGUCAUUGGCGGCGCGACUGGAACUUCAGGACGUCACUCGUCCACAUCCAGCCCUACCGGAGCAGCGAAUGCACCUCCCGCCAGUGGUGUUGCCUCUGCUUCCAUGGCCCCCUUCGCCAUGUUUGGCGUAUCCAUGGUCUUCCUUGGAGCUGCUCUGGUGCUCUAAAUUGUCCGAUGAUUCAUACUUAAUCAAGAAGGAGAGGAAACCCCAACAUCUUUCCCGCAUGGUAUUCCCGGCGUCUAGCUAGCAUUCCUGCAUCGCAUUGCAUUUGUUCACAAGUUCAGACUGCCCAAUUGCGCGCAUUGAUACACAACUUGUACGCGUACCCUGGAGUUUUUUUCUCUUUUUUUUAUUCUGGCUUCAUGUUCUAUAACAUUGCAGCAAAGGUUAUGAUUUGAUGGAAUAGCUUUGCGUAUUUUUCUUUAGCAUAUUGAUUUGAACGCGAAGCAUGCCUGGUUCCCAAAGAACAUGGACGUUUUACGUUUUUUUUUACCAUACAAAGCCUUGAGGAAAAACUAGUUUCAGGGGCCUUAAUGAUAAUUCACAUUUCAACAUGA